AGCACCACCAUCCUCCCCCGCAGCGCUUUGGCCAUGGGGGUAGCACGUGCCAUCCGUCGCUUCAGCACGGAUAUCCCUGACCCCCUCCGUGAGGAGGAGGAAUCAGAAUUAACACAGGGCAUUAGAACAACUGCUUACCGAAAUGGGAAGGUACACACCAAGCAUGGCCGGCAUCGCACCCGCUUUGUACAAAAAGACGGUCAUUGCAAUGUAGAAUUUAUUAACCUCAGUGAGAAGAGCCAACGCUACUUGACUGACCUUUUUACAACUUGUGUGGACAUACGCUGGAGAUGGAUGUUCCUUGUCUUCUCUUUAACCUUUGUGGUGUCAUGGCUCAUUUUUGGAUUUUCUUUCUGGCUUAUUGCCUCAUUACACGGAGACCUGGCUCCACCACCUGAACCUGGCUCCGAAGAGACACCCCCUUCGCCAUGUUUUAUGCAGGUCACCAGCUUCAUGGCUGCCUUCCUGUUCUCCUUGGAAACCCAAACUUCUAUUGGCUAUGGAUUCCGAAGCGUGACAGAGGAAUGUCCGUUGGCAGUGUUGACUGUGGUCCUGCAGUGCAUUGUGGGCUGUAUCAUUGACGCAUUUAUUAUUGGAGCCAUCAUGGCAAAAAUUGCCAAACCAAAAAAGAGAAAUGAAACGCUAGUUUUUACUGAAAACGCAGUCAUUGCACUAAGAGAUGGAAAGUUAUGUCUCAUGUGGAGGGUUGCAAAUCUUCGGAAGAGCCAUUUAGUAGAAGCACACGUCCGAGCCCAGCUCCUGCAGCCUCGGAUGACCCCUGAAGGAGAGUACAUCCCUUUGGAUCACACAGACAUCAAUGUCGGGUUCGACAGCGGUACAGACAGAAUCUUCCUGGUGUCUCCAAUAACCAUUGUUCAUGAGAUUGAUGAAGAGAGUCCCUUGUAUGAAUUUGGCAAAGCGGAACUAGAAGCUGCCAACUUCGAGUUGGUCGUUAUCCUUGAAGGCAUGGUAGAAGCCACAGCAAUGACCACGCAGUGUCGCAGUUCUUAUCUUCCAUCUGAAAUUUUCUGGGGUUGCAGAUUUGAGCCGGUCCUCUUUGAGAAGCGUAAUCAUUAUGAGGUAGACUACCUACACUUCCAUCGCACCUAUGAGGUGCCCAAUACACCAACAUGCAGCGCCAAAGAGCUGUCUGAAAGAAAAUAUUCAUUGGUGGCCCACAGCUCCUUCUGUUAUGAGAAUGAGGUGGCACUUAACUGCAUUUGUGAUGAAGAGCCACCUGCCCUGGUUGACACAAUGUUUAUUACCCCAGAGGCUCCUCUUGAGUUAGGCAUGCUUAGGGUAGUUGAUCCCCUGGAGGAAAUAUUGCUAACUUGAUUUGAUUCAAUAUUUCUUAUGUGACCAUUGGUUAGUUGUUUGCUGUUGAGUAUGAAUAAUGAAGACCUAUCUGCUAACAUAAAAGAAGCAGUUCCUGAAGUCAGUCUUGGGGACGGAUGGAGUAAGAAUAUUACCAAGAAAGCAUUUGGUCUAUUUUCAUAUUGCUUUUAUUUUUAUUUUUUACUGUGGUAGAGGGGAUAUGCCACAUUUAAAUAACAGCACAGAUGUUAAGAUAAGACUGAGGCUGCAACAGGCGCUCAGCAUCUUUCUUUCUUGAAACCUCAUCACGGAGUGUAAAAUCAAGUCAUUUACUUAUUCUUUAAUUCUAGGUUGAUUUAUGUUCUCUCUCAGCAAACACUACGUAUUCACCUUUCUUGGUGACCCUUAAUCAAGGGUUCAUUGCUCAAGUGUCAUGCAAAAUACAGAUCAAGCUUGUUGAACACGGUCAAGGAAUCCCACCAUAUGAAACAUAGAAUGUUUUUUUCUAAUUAGGAGAACUUUUUAAUGACUUCUGUGAAGUGUAGACUGAAAUGUUCCAUGUUCAUAGAUAUGGACGUAUUUGCUGAGGAAUAAAUACUCAAUACGUGAUUUAAAGCAAAAUCAUCCCAGAACUACAAAUCUGCUUUAUAACGCCAUGAAAAAGUAAACCCAUUUGUCCAUGACGUGUAUCUGCAAUAAUUUAAUUAGAAUUUUUCUGUGGGUAAAUGUUCUAUACAGAUUCAGUACCAUUUCAUUGAGAAAAUGUUUCAUAGAGGGAAGAUGUGGAAGAUACCUUGGCACUAAAGUUGUUCUUAAAACAAAAUUAUGAAAUAAGAAGUAGUUAAGACAUCGAGUUUAUGGAUAUCUAGAAAGUGUGCCUCUUGUCUAAGAACAACUUUAAGUUAACCCAGAAAGCUUACAAACAAAUUAUAUUUUAUUGGAUGUUUUUGGGGCUUAGCUGGUAAGAUAUGGUUAAUGAUAUUGUUCUUAAUGAUCUUUUUCUAUCACUAACUUUUAGAGGAACCCUUUGCUGAACCAUUAACAUCUAAAAAAAAAAAAAAAAAAAAAAAAGAACAGCCCUGGUAAUGGAUAAAUUACCGAAACCCAACUAAGCCAGUGUUACAGGGGAUUGGUAUGUUAAGUCCUAAACAGUGUAUGCUAAAUGGAAGCUUUAAGCCGGCAUUGGUGUUCCAAAUUGGCUAAAACAAGAACAUUAGAUGGGCUGGAAGAACGACGGUAUCAUUACGUUAAUGUAUCUGUAAAUAUCACUAGGGAUACUGUCAAAAUUUGAAUCCCACAAGUUCUCUUAUUUGAACUAGUAUUGAGUGCCAAAUGUAAAGAAGAAAGAGAAUCGUUGGUCUACAGACUACUCCAUCCAUCACAAGUUAGCUUGGGAGAAACAGAACAAGCAAGGAGCUACGUAUGUUUACAAUCUUACUAAACACUACUAACAAUCAAAAUGAUAUAUUGAUUUCAGAGGUCCCAAAUAGUACAGUCUCACAUUAGUUUGAAGUGCACUAAAAUCAGAAAUAGCAGUAACGGAUCCAUAAAAAACAGUGACACACAAGAACACACAAGUUUUGCCAAAUGAUGCAGUAUGUAUGGUUUUCAUCAACAGAAUCCAAACAUAUUUCUUUGUCACCCCCUACAGAUGGCGCAGGCGCAAAUGUUUCAGGAAUGAUGAGAAUAAAGUAUA